AUGAAAUUCGGGAGCCUGGGCCUAGAUGAGACGUACCUGAGGCACAUCACGGAGACGGCAAGGAAUGCGCUCAGGGAUGAUGUCAUCUUAUUUACUGCUGAUCCAGUUGAUGUUGCUGAGAAGGGGACUCUCAGCGGCAGAGAAUUAUUCACGACGGUGAACUUUGGCCCGGACAAAAAUGUGACUCACGCAUUUGAGACUCAAGCGUCCCUGAAUGGAAAGCGCGGCUCUCCCCCUUUCAGCGCGGAGUUCUACUCUGGAUGGAUAACUCGCAUGGGGGAGGAUAUUCAGAAUCCAGAUUUCCCACUGUUCCUCCAGAAACUGGACGAAGUCCUCAAGUACAACAACAACACCGGCUCUGUUAAUCUCUACAUGGCCCAUGGUGGGACAAAUUUUGGCUGGUCUAUUGGUGGCCAAGAGGACCCCGUUGAUGGUAGACAAAACGACCCGGUAGAGUACACAGAAGGCAAGCUUGAAUCUUCCAUGACCUGGGGCCCUGUGCUCACGUCGUACGAUUAUGACGCGCCAAUCAGCGAGGCAGGCGAUUAUGGCCAGCCUGGCACCGGACCUCCCCAGCAUGGGCCCCCCAAUAAGUUUCUGGUGCGCAGGACCUACUCAAUGGACGGCUUCAUACUCUACCGCACGAAUGUCGAUGCAGCAGAGCUGCACGCCGGCACCACACUCUAUGUCGGCAGCAAAGUCCGCGACUCGGCAGUGAUCAUGGCGGACGGCGCGUACGUGGGCAGCUUGGAGCGGGACGGCAAGUUGGCUGUGGUGCUGAACAAUGCGGCUGAAAGAGCGUCGCACGCCAACAACGGCGAAAAAGUGACCCUUGACAUCCUGGUAAUGCAGCUGGGGCGCGCCAACUUCCCCGGCAACAACUUUGACCUCAAGGGCCUUGUGUCCGACCUCGUCCUCCUCAACAAGAAACGACUCACGGGCUGGAGGGUGUUCCCUCUGCCGCUGGACAACCUCGAGGGCUUGCAGCUCCCUGACGUCACCGCAGAAGCUGUGGCUCCCGCCGCCGCAGCUGCGGCCGCGCCGGCUGCUUGGAAGCGCGCGCAUGCGCUGUUGCAGCCGGCACCGGCGGUCAUCAACCUUGCGGCUGAGGACACUGUCAAGGCGCGGCUUGCUAAUGAGAUGGAGGCUGCCGCACGCUCAGGGGAGUUCCCUGCCAUCACCGCUGUCAUGCCCAGCGAUGGGGGUGAGCGCUGUCCCACUGCGCCGGCAGGCAACACUACCGCCUCUCCAGUGCCCGUGCCAGAUCCUGCACUCGACGGCCCCACCUUCUACAGGGGCUUCUUCAAUGUGGACGGCAGCCUGGCAAAUGCCGAUGGGGUCUUGCCGGACACAUACAUGAACGUGGCCAAGUCCUCCUGGGCUAAGGGAGUAGCCUUCAUCAAUGGCUACAACCUGGGAUAUUACUGGCCGGAGAAGGGACCCCAGAAUACAAUGUACAUCCCUGGGCCCUUGCUGAAGGCAUGCAAUAAUGAGCUAAUCCUUCUGGAGGUGGGCACGAAGAUGAGAGCCAAUGCCUCUCCCAAGGUGUUCUUCACCGACAAGGCUGACUUCAGCGGGCCGCCAAAGCUGGCAACGCCGCCGGCCGCUGCUCCCAGCCCGUAG